AACCCCAAAUCCCAGAGUUUAUUGCUUAAUAUGUCAACUUGUUGCCCCAUUUCUCCUGUUAUCUUCCUCGUUUUCCUAACAUUUUGUUAUACCUCAAAUGCUUACACUUUCACUGUUACAAACAAUUGCCCUUACAUGAUAUGGCCUGGAACGCUGGCCGGUUCGGGGACUCCACAGCUUGCAUCGACGGGGUUCCAGUUGGAUGCAGGCCAAAGUGUCAGGAUACCAGUUCCUGCGGGGUGGUCGGGUCGGAUUUGGGGACGGACAGGGUGCUCAUUUGAUGCCUCUGGUGUCGGGUCUUGUCAAACCGGGGAUUGCGGGGGGAAGCUUGAAUGUGAUGGCAUGGGUGCAACUCCACCGGCUUCGUUGUUCGAAAUAACGUUUGGUGUUGGGAAUCAACAAGAUUUCUAUGAUGUUAGCAUUGUCGAUGGAUAUAAUUUGCCGGUUGUUGCUGCUCCUCGUGGAGUUUAUGGUGCAUGUAAUGCCACAGGGUGUGCUUAUGAUCUCAAUAUGGGUUGUCCUAAAGAAUUGCAAGUGGUGGGAGGAGAUGGAGAAGGGGGAGGGAGAGUGGUGGGGUGCAAAAGUGCAUGUGAAGCAUUUAGACAAGAUCAAUAUUGCUGCAGUGGGGAGUUUGCUAACCCAACAACAUGCAGGCCUUCCUUCUAUUCUUCAGUUUUCAAAAAAGCUUGCCCAAGGGCUUACAGCUAUGCUUAUGAUGAUGCUACCAGCACUUUCACUUGCAAGGCCCUUGAUUAUCUCAUUAUUUUCUGCCCCAAUUCUCAAUCCCAAAGGGCAAACAUAACAGAAGGUGGAUUUACACCUCCAAUCAAUGAUGAUGAUGGUACCGAGGGGAAGGUGCAGAUAGUUUCCUCAUCAAAUACAUUACUCUUUCCCUUUUCAAUCCUUAUCCUUCUUCUUCUUGUUAAUGGGUUCUUUUGAACUUAUUC